AUGCAACGCUACCUCGAGGUCAGCGGGAUGCCGGCUACGCACGCCUACACACACGUAUUGGCGGAGAGGAAGCACGGUGGCGCCCUGAACCUGAUACACCUGGAUGAGACCACCCUCACUAUCCACAAGCGGACCUACCGCAACAACUACACCGAGACGUUUGUGCUCGGCGAGGAAAAGGUGACCAGCGUCACACCCAACAGAGUGUCCAUCUCCACGACUGUUUCCAACCUCGGGUCUAGCUCGAGGGGAUACGUCUGCCUGAUCCGGAAUACGAGCACGCCCGAACGCCAACACAACACCGAGGUCCUGGAGCGGCGCUACGUUGCGAACGGGGGUCUGUGCCACAUUCAGGAGAUCAAGGCCCGAUGCCUCACCACGGGGGAAGAGUGCGGGAUCGUCCGGACCUGGAGGCGCGUGAUGAUGACCCACGAGCAUCGGGCCACUCUCGGGCUGCUCCUGGUUGGGGGCGGAGUCGCCGACCAGGAAGAAGAGAAGCAGCAGCAGCUUUAGAAUUGCUUGCAGCCGGAGCCUCCAUGCGUCGACGUGGCCAGCCCCGACCACAGCGUGUUGUACGCGGACGGGGUGGUGGAAGAACUCUCUGCGGGGCCCGGCUUGUCCUUUACCUAUGCCGGCAGGAGGAGGAGGAGGUGAAGGAGGAGGAGGAGGUCAUUUUGCGAAAUGUGUGAAAGGCAUUGAGUCGUGAUCGUGUCAGGACAGGAGGCGGGUUAUAACACACCACACCGGGGCACAGACGACAAGAACAAGGAGUUCGCUUGGGGCUGGAACGGCCGCUGACACGAGAGGCGGCGGCAUCAGCGAUACGCAAAGCGAAAGUAACAACACACCAAUUUUCAGGAAGGUCAUGGCCGAAAAACGACUGAAUAGGAAAUAGUCUGUACCCCGUUGUAUGGACUAUUGACUAGAAAUAUAAUAUAGACGUAGGGUUAAUCAUGAACACGUUGUACAUACACACCGUUUGCUGGACACGGUAGUGGUGAUGAUGUGGGGUUUUGGUUGGCGGUUGAACCCACCGAACGGAUGACGAGCGUUUUUAGACCGUGUGUGCUUUUGAUGGGGACAUUUUUUUUUUUUUUCUUGAGCUGUGUGUUGGGGGUGUUUUCCUCUCAAGAUGAAGAUGAAAGGGUCACGUGAUGUCGUAGUAUGUGUGGUGACGUGGAUGGUGACUGAUAGACGACAUGCGUGAUACCGCCAAAAGUAAAAUAGAAGUAUUUUUGUAUUUAGGUCGCGGUGUUCCCCUCCGCAGGCCACAUGAAGGCCAGGUCGUCGAUGACGCUCGACUAAUGUUUGUGUCGUACAUUGCUACUACUACAAGUAGUUUGCGGACUAUUCCUCAAAUAUUUCGCAUUGUGAGCGUAGCCUUUCUUCGCGAAUUGCGUGUCGAUGUAUAAU